AUGAACAAGGCUCUUAAGCCAGUUGCAGACUUCACUGAUGUUCUGUCAGGAGAGGAUUGUGUCACCAUAUCGUCGCUUUUGCCAAAACUUCUGCUUCUGAAAAGCGACGUAUUGAGUGAAUCAGAAACAGACGCUAAUGAAGGACAAAGGACAGUAAAGGAAGAGCUGAUGAGAGUGAUACAUGCUUUGCUGAAGCCUGAAGAGAAGCAGUGUGAUGCCUCAUCAGUGGAGAAGGGUCUGCUGAAGCCUGAAGAGAAGCAGUGUGAUGCCUCAUCAAUGGAGAUGGGUUUGCUGAAGCCUGAAGAGAUGCAGCCUGAUGCCUCUUCAGUGGCAAAGGGUUUGCUGAACGAUCUAAGAAAAGUCUCACUAAAGGAAUUAAGGAAAAAGCUGCAGGAAAUGGUGGAAUCUCGCUCUAAAGUUGUGCUGUGUAGUCUUGGUCUCACAGAGUACAGCUGUGCAGUUCUGGCCUCAGCUUUCAGCUCAGAGAACUCAAACCUGAGAGAACUGGACCUGAGUAACAACAAACUACAGGAUUCAGGAGUGAAGAAGCUCUGUGAGGGACUGAAGAGUCCACACUGUAAACUGGAGAAACUGAGACUGGAACACUGCAGCAUUACAGAUAAAGGCUGUGCUGAUUUGUUUAAAGCUCUGAAAUCAAACCCCUCAUCACAGCUGACAGAACUGAACAUAAACUACAAUAAACCAGGAGAUUCAGCAGUGAAGGAGCUCUCUGAACUACUGGAGGAUCAGCACUGUAAACUGAAGAAACUGCAGUGA